AUGGGAUUCUCAGACUACGAAAACGGUGCCAUGCCCACCGAUGUGGAUCGGCGUCGCGUUGUACAGCAGCAACGCCGCAAAGCAUACAUAAUCCGCGCCUGUUUCCUCAUUACUAGCGCUGCGAUCAUUUUCUAUGCUCUCUCCACCUCGCUACCCAAUACACUGCUUGAACGAUUCGGCUGUAGCAGACGCUACACAGAUAGUCCUCUUGGCGACAAUACCACGGCGUUCAACUUCUCAGCGCAGCGCAAUAUCGACAGUGGAGUAGUGCGCAGAGACUAUGUUCCACGCCACCUUGACUCGCGCGCUCUGCCGUCGAUUCGCGAGAUGGAUAUGACCAGGACUAACGACACACGCGAGGGUCAGCCAGUCGUGGCCGUCAACCCUCUGAAUCCAGACAAUUUGGUCUACGUCACAACGCGCUUCCAUCCGCUGCCCGAGUUGGAACCUGUAGGCGGCUGUUUCCUGGCCUACACCUUCGAUCGCGGUCGCACCUGGACCAACGUGACCGCGGAUUACCCGUUGGGCACCGCACCGAAAUGCGGUGAACCUCAGGUCUUUGCUGAUGCAAAUGGCACGUUCUACAUCCUGAACAAUCAGGUGUUCUCUGGUCUGGAAGACAACAUGGCGGCCCAUCCUCAAGUCACCAAGUCAACUGACGGUGGCAAGACCUGGAGCGUCCCGUCCGUGACUCCUCUGCAUAUGCAAGGUGCGCCGAAAUUACGCGUCGACUUGGCCACUGGAAAAGUAUACGCGAACGGUGCCUCAUCAUGGGAGUAUCCUGCCGCGGUUUCUGUCAGCUCGGACGGCGGCGAUACCUGGGCUCCCUUCAACCAGAUUCCCGGCCCUGUCGAUACCUGCCUCGACUACGGUAUACCUGACAUCCCUCCGGUCUGUGGAUUUCCUGGCAGGUCCAUCGCUGUUCACGACGGUAUUCUAGCCUCCGCAGCCCAGGGCGGACAGGGCAAUCCUGAGAUGUAUGUCAGCCGUGAUGACGGUGUGACAUGGACAACAAUGCCCCUAACGGACACUUCGGGCAACUUGGUAAAGAAUGGCACCGGUCCCAUGCUGCCCGUGUCCGGUGUCGGUCUGCCCAGUGACCCGACGCCUUGGGUGUCCGCCGACCCAAGUCAGAAGGGCCGAUUCGCGCUCAUGGUGCCACGCGAAUAUACUCUCGAGAUCUAUGUCACAGAAACCGCCGGUGAGAACUUCACGGGCCCAACCAUUAUUCAGACACCUGACGCACAGCGUCCGGCGGUGGACUUUGGCUCAACCGGCGUACUUGGAGUCAUGUGGCGCACCAACUCGUCAGGCAUCCUCGAUGUAUACUCGACGGUAUCCUUUGACUAUGGCCGCACUUUCGCCUCGCCGCUCAAGGUCACAAACUUGUCGCAUCCCGUUGGCCAGAAUGGUCAACCUGGUGACCGUGCAUCGUUCAUUGCCCUGACUGAUUGUAUGGCCUAUAUUGCUUGGUCUGAUGGCCGUGAUGGCCUACUGGAUGGCAUUCUUGCGGAGGUGCCCCUCGAGCUUUAUGAGGUAUAA